UUCUCCCACCCCUGCUCCGCGCCUCUCCUGMCGAGCYUGCCUCCUCCSGGUCCCCGUCCCCCAGCCCGCUCCWGCUCGGCCCCCGCACUCCUGCCGCCCGUUUCAGCCAGAAUUCGAGCUCUCGGGAUUCCCUUUCCCUGUCAGUCCCGAACCCGCUCCGGUCCAGGUAUGGACAGAGCUGUGAAGGGGACCUGUGUGCCGUGGUGCUGAUGGCGAGCUCUAGGACUGGUGCUCCAUGAAGAGGUGAAACCAUGAAGAGAAAAUAGAACAAAUAAUAAUGCUUUUCCGAAAUCGCUUCUUGCUGCUGCUGGCCCUGGCUGCACUGCUGGCCUUCCUGAGCCUCAGCCUGCAGUUCUUCCACCUGAUCCCCAUGUCAGCAGCUAGGAACGGAGCAAGCAGCAAGAGCCGAAAGAGAAUCAUGCCUGACCCGGUGACGGAGCCCCCGGUGACAGACCCGGUUUACGAAGCCCUUCUGUACUGCAACAUCCCUCGAGUGGCCGAGCGCAGCAUGGAAGGUCACGCCCCACAUCAUUUCAAGCUGGUCUCCGUGCAGGUGCUGAUUCGCCAUGGGGACAGGUACCCACUGUAUGCCAUUCCAAAGACAAAGCGGCCAGAAAUCGACUGCACUCUGAUGGCUAACAGGAAACCUUACCACCCUAAACUGGAAGCUUUCGUGAAUCACAUGUCCAAGGGAUCAGGAUCCUCUUUCGAAAGCCCCUUGAACUCUAUGCCGCUCUACCCCAACCAUGCCCUGUGUGAGAUGGGGGAGCUCACGCAGACAGGAGUCGUGCAGCAUUUGCAGAAUGGCCAGCUGCUGGGGGACAUCUACCUAAAGAAACACAAACUCCUGCCGAGUGACUGGUCCCCGGACCAGCUUUACCUAGAGACCACGGGAAGGAGCCGCACCCUACAGAGCGGGCUGGCCUUGCUCUAUGGCUUCCUCCCAGAUUUUGACUGGAAGAAGAUCUAUUUCCGGCACCAGCCAAGUGUGCUCUUCUGCUCCGGAAACUGCUAUUGCCCCGUGAGAAACCAGUAUCUGGAAAAGGAGCAGCGUCGCCAGUACCUCCUGCGGUUGAAGAACAGCCAGCUGGAGCAGACCUAUGGGGAGAUGGCCAAGAUCGUGAACGUCCCCACCAAGCUGCUCCGGGCUGCCAACCCCAUCGACUCCAUGCUUUGUCACUUCUGCCACAACGUCAGCUUCCCCUGCACCAGCAGCGGCUGUUUCGACAUGGAGCACUUCAAGGUGAUCAAGAUGCACCAGAUCGAGGAUGAGAAAGAGAGGCGCAAGAAGAGACUGUACCUGGGGUACUCGCUGCUGGGCGCCCACCCCAUUCUCAAUCAAACCAUCGAUCGGAUGCAGCGCAUUGCCGAGGGCAGGAAGGACGAGGUCUUUGCCCUCUACUCUGCCCACGACGUCACUCUGUCACCAGUUCUCAGUGCCUUGGGCCUUUCGGAAGCCAGGUUCCCGAGGUUUGCCGCCAGGCUCAUCUUUGAGCUCUGGCAAGACAGAGAAAAGCCCAGCGAACAUUCUGUGCGGAUUCUCUACAAUGGAGUCGACGUGACAUUCCACACCUUCUUCUGCCAGGACCACCACAAGCGUUCUUCCAAGCCCAUGUGUCCUCUUGAGAACUUGGUCCGCUUUGUCAAAAGGGACAUGUUUGUGACCCUGGACAGCAGUAGUACUAAUUAUCAUGAUGCCUGUCACAGGGAAGGAGUCUAAAGAUACAUGGUACAGCCUACAUUGGUACCGAGGGCUGGCAGGGUUCUCUUCUACUUCUGUCUGUUGGUAAAGGUACGAGAAUAUUGAUUUUUAAAGGUGAAAACUUGYGUUUUGGAGCCACAGAGGCGGUCCAGGCUGAACACUAAGCACAUGUUCUAAGUUGGUACGUGAGUUACUCAGUACACAAURGCCAGUACACAGGAAGAAGGAGGUACUGUUUCAUAGCCAGACCACUCCGAAUGCCAGGUUAAUAGUCACUAUCCAAAGUUGCCAAUCAAAGUUUGUAUUCCUUUGGCCUGCCGUAGAACCAGCAAACCUUAGCCAAAUUUUCUUAAUCUUGGACACUUUUACCUCGUCCUUGUCCAAUGAAAAAUUUCCAGAAGGGAUUUGUCUAAAACAGGGGUUGGCCAAUGUUUUUCCAUAAAGAGGCAGAGAGAGAGGCAGAGAGUAGAUAUUUUACACCGUGCAAAAGGCCACACAUCUUCUCUGUCACUUCUCAACUCUGCCCUAGCAAUGCAGAGCAACCAGAGACAACACAGAAAGAAGUAAAGUGUGGCUGUGGGCACAGGCCCUACAAAACAGGCGGUGGCCCAUGGUGGCUCACAGGGUAUAGUGUGCUGACCCCUGAUUUAAAAUCAGGCUGUACUAUAAUUGCACUCUCAGCACUUUGAGAACCAGCUGAAUACCAAGAAUUAUUCGAUGGUUCCUCCAGUAACUUCUGCUAGAAACACAGAAUCUGGUCUGACACUAUAACAAAACAUCAAAUCUGAACAAACCAUAGAGAAAUGACUAGAAUAAUACUUGAUGUUCAUGAUGAUUGUGGUACAAGAUAGUUUUAAGUAUGUUUGAAAUAUCUGUCUGCUGUAGUCUUUUUGCUGUGUAUGCUGAAAUUUUUGUAUUCCAUUUAGUAUUUUUAUAGUCUGGGAAAAUAUUUUCUAAGACCAGUUUUAGACACGCUCUUAUUCCUAUAGUAAUAUUCAAUUUUCUSUAUCUGCUUAGUGGUUGGAAGAAGGCCAGAAGCUGAAUUCAGGCACUUUUUUCCAAAAGACUAAUGAUGGCUCAUUCCUUUUGACAAGUCCUAGAAUUGGAUCAAUUUUUAAAUCAUUUUCAUCAGUUUCAAAUGGCAAAUUCCAAUUGAUUUUUAAAUACGUUUUUAGAACUUUGUUACUAGAUAAUUAAUCUUUCUAAGGUAUUUUAUAUAUUAGAAGCAAUUAUUAUUAAAUCUGUGAUUUUGAAAUAAUGGUGCUAGUUCUCUUCAAAGAAAUGUAAAGUCCAAGUGAGAUCUCCAGUGUCAGUAGAAUUCCAGCCCC